GUCACAUGACGUUUCGUACAUGAAUUUUGUUAAGUGUUGGUGACGAACCGUCUGUGAUAAUUUACACAAGAGAAACUUGCGAUACCGUUAAAAACUGAAUAAGGUGUUGACGUGACAGUGUUUCCUCUGUAACUAUGGGAUCGAUGUUACGGAGCGAGGAGAUGACCUUGUGUCAGCUCUUCCUCCAAUCAGAAGCUGCGUACGCCUGUGUCUCGGAGCUCGGGGAACUCGGUCUUGUACAGUUCAGAGAUCUAAAUCCUGACGUAAAUGCCUUCCAAAGGAAGUUUGUUAAUGAAAUUCGAAGAUGUGAAGAGAUGGAAAGGAAACUAAGAUUUUUGGAGAAGGAAAUAAGGAAGGAUGGAAUUCCGAUGCUGGACACUGGGGACAAUCCUGAUGCCCCAGCCCCCCGGGAAAUGAUUGACCUUGAGGCAACGUUUGAGAAGCUUGAGAAUGAGAUGAAAGAAGUGAAUGCCAAUUCUGAGGCCCUGAAGAAAAACUUCCUUGAGCUUACGGAACUAAAACACAUUUUACGGAAAACGCAGACUUUUUUUGACGAGGCUGAAUUUCAUCACACUCAGGCCUUGCACGACCCAAGUCUGGCGGAGGAAAGUGUCGGACUUCUCGGGGAGGAGACGCAGCGGGCGGGGCAGGCACUGCGACUCGGAUUUGUAGCUGGGGUGAUUCUUCGUGAGAGAAUUCCAGCGUUUGAGCGCAUGUUGUGGAGAGCAUGUCGCGGAAAUGUCUUUCUCAGGCAGGCAGAAAUAGAGUCACCCCUGGAAGACCCAGUUACUGGUGACCAGGUCUACAAGUCUGUGUUCAUCAUCUUCUUCCAAGGAGACCAGUUGAAAUCUCGAGUGAAAAAGAUCUGUGAAGGUUUCCGAGCGACUCUGUACCCGUGUCCCGAGACCCAGGCUGAGCGGCGUGAGAUGGCCAUCGGUGUGAUGACCAGGAUUGAAGAUCUCAACACGGUUCUUGGCCAGACCGGGGACCACCGCCAUCGCGUUCUGGUGGCAGCGGCAAAAAACAUCAAAGUCUGGUUCAUCAAAGUGAGAAAAAUCAAGGCCAUCUAUCACACACUGAACAUGUUCAACCUGGACGUCACCCAGAAGUGUCUGAUAGCCGAGUGCUGGUGUCCCGUCGACGACCUUGACCGAAUCCAACAAGCUUUACGCAGGGGAACUGAGCAGAGUGGCAGCAGUGUUCCGUCGAUUCUGAACCGCAUGAUCACGAAGCAGGAGCCACCCACGUACAACCGCACCAACAAGCUGACCCAGGGCUUCCAGGCCAUCGUGGAUGCUUACGGCGUGGCCAGCUACCGGGAGAUCAACCCAGCUCCGUACACAAUAAUAACAUUCCCGUUUCUGUUUGCGGUGAUGUUCGGCGACAUGGGCCAUGGAAUGAUCAUGUUUCUCUUCGCAUUGUUUCUCGUGCUCAGAGAAAAAGAAUUGGCUGCUAAGAAGAUCGACGAUGAGAUUUUCAAGACUUUCUUCGGCGGACGCUACAUCAUUCUGUUAAUGGGGUUGUUCUCAGUAUACACCGGCUUCAUAUACAACGACAUCUUCUCCAAGUCACUCAAUCUGUUUGGAUCGCAGUGGAGGGCGAAAGAAGCCAACUACUCAGACCCCUUGCUGAAGCAGGUCGCUCGGCUGCAGUUGGGUGCAAAUGAUUCAUUUCUUGGCUCACCAUACCCUGUGGGCUUAGAUCCUGUGUGGCAGCUGGCAGAGAACAAGCUGCAGUUCAUGAAUUCAUUCAAGAUGAAAACAUCCAUCAUCCUCGGGGUCGGCCAGAUGUUCUUUGGCCUCUCCCUUUCGUUCGUUAACCACAGAUAUUUCAAGAAGCCGCUGAACAUUUUCUGCGAGUUUGUACCUCAGAUGAUUUUCCUGUUCUGCAUGUUUGGAUACCUUGUCAUCCUUGUAUUCAAGAAAUGGUUGACAUUUUUCACGAAACCUGCUCCAAGCUUGCUGAUUGGUACCAUCAACAUGUUCCUGUUUCAGUAUCCAGAGGAAAAUUCUGAUGAACCUAAACUCCUUUAUACUCAUCAAAAAGGUUUGCAGGGAUUCCUCGUCGUCAUGGCAGUGCUGUGUGUUCCAUGGAUGUUAUUUGUGAAGCCGUUCUACAUGCGAUAUAAAUUUCAACACGGACAGAUGCCUGUAUUGAACCCUACCCCAUCUCUGUCUUCCUACAAGAAUAAAAGGUCAGAUAUCAGACGCAGUCAGAUAUCAGAUAUCGACGCAGUUUAUUUUGAUGCCUGUAUUGAACCCUACCCCAUCUCUGUCUUCCUACAAGAAUAA